AUGGAGAUUACAGAGGAGUCGUCAUGCGUUUACAAGAACCCAGACGCGCCGGUGGAGGCGCGUGUGAACGACCUUCUCUCUCGCAUGACUCUGCCGGAAAAGAUCGGCCAGAUGACUCAGAUCGAACGCACCGUCGCUUCUCCUCAAAUCGUGACAGAUUCUUUCAUCGGCAGUGUACAGAGCGGCGCCGGGAGUUGGCCAUUCGAGGACGCGAACUCGUCGGAUUGGGCUGAUAUGAUCGACGGUUUUCAGCGUUCAGCGUUAGCGUCGCGUUUGGGAAUCCCAAUAAUCUACGGCACGGACGCCGUCCACGGCAACAACAACGUCUACGGCGCCACCAUCUUCCCCCACAACAUUGGCCUCGGAGCCACCAGAGACGCAGAUUUGGUGAGAAGAAUUGGAGCUACAACAGCACUUGAAGUAAGAGCUAGUGGCGUUCACUGGAGAUUUGCUCCCUGCGUGGCCGUUUUGGGAGAUCCAAGGUGGGGACGAUGCUACGAAAGUUAUGGUGAAGCUUCUAACAUUGUUUGUGAGAUGAGUUCGCUUAUCUCGGGCUUACAAGGCGAGCCACCAAAAGAACACCCAUACGGUUACCCUUUUCUUGCAGGAAGAAACAAUGUGGUCGCAUGUGCAAAACACUUUGUUGGAGAUGGUGGUACUGAUAAAGGUUUAAGCGAAGGGAACACCAUUGCGUCAUAUGAAGAUUUGGAGAAGAUACAUGUUGCACCAUAUCUGAAUUGUAUUGCUCAGGGAGUUUGUACUGUUAUGGUCUCUUUUUCUAGUUGGAAUGGAAGCAGACUCCACUCUGACUAUUUCCUCUUAACUCAAGUUCUCAAACAGAAACUCGGUUUCAAGGGAUUUCUAGUAUCAGACUGGGAUGGUUUGGAGACGAUUAGUGAGCCACAAGGUUCAAACUACCGUGACUGCGUGAAACUCGGGAUCAAUGCUGGAAUCGACAUGGUGAUGGUACCUUUCAAGUACCAACAGUUCAUAGAAGACCUUACUGAUCUGGUUGAGUCAGGGGAAGUACUAAUGGCUCGAGUCGAUGAUGCUGUUGAAAGAAUACUCAGAGUGAAGUUUGAUGCUGGUCUCUUCGAAUAUCCUCUCGCGGACCGAUCUUUGUUGCCUAGUGUUGGUUGCAAGGAACAUAGAGAAUUGGGGCGUGAAGCGGUUAGAAAGUCGUUAGUUCUGCUAAAGAACGGUAAAAAUUCUGAUAAGCCAUUUAUGCCGCUGGAUCGUAUGGCUGAGAGAAUUCUAGUGGUUGGAUCGCACGCAAACGAUCUUGGAAAUCAGUGUGGAGGAUGGACAAAGACAAAGUCCGGUCAAAGCGGCAGAAUCACAAUCGGCACGACGCUUUUAGAAGCUAUAAAAGCAGCGGUUGGAGACAAAACAGAAGUGAUCUACGAGAAAACUCCAUCAAAGGAAACUUUAGCCUCUGGUCAAGGCUUCUCUUACGCCAUUGUUGCAGUUGGGGAACCUCCCUAUGCAGAGAUGAAAGGAGAUAACUCGGAACUCACAAUACCUUUUAACGGUAACGACAUUGUAACCGCGGUUGCAGAGAGAAUCCCGACUUUAGUGAUCUUGUUCUCAGGACGGCCUUUGGUUCUUGAGCCUCCGGUUGUUGAAAAGACUGAGGCUUUGGUCGCUGCUUGGUUCCCUGGAACCGAAGGUCGAGGGAUUGCUGAUGUCAUUUUUGGAGAUUAUGAGUUCGUAGGGAAGUUACCUGUGAGCUGGUUCAAACACGUGGAGCAGUUGCCGCUAAACGCUGAUGCUAAAUUGUAUGAUCCGUUGUUUCCUCUUGGUUUCGGUCUCACUUCCAGUUCCGGUUUAACUUCACCGGUCUGA